GUAGAUGCAUGCAUUCUUUCAUGUCAAGCUUUAGGUCCGAUUGUUCUGUAAAUAUAUCAUUUAAGAAUUACAUAAUGUUGGGGCAUCUCAGUCCCAAUCUCAAACCAUUUCGGCUAGGUUCUUGUUUUGUCAUUCUUAAUACGACAUUUCUAUCUCUUAUUUAAACUUCUAGCCCCUAAUUUUAUUCUUUGAUUCCUAGCUGUUCUUGAUCUUUCAAGGAAUUUAUUGGUUCACGAAUCAGUUCCUUACUUUGUAUAGGAGUAUUAAUUACACAAGUUCAUUCCAUAAAGACUAGAACCUGUCUCCCAAAGAAGAGUCAAGGACAUUCUAUGCAGUUUUUCUUGCUUCUCUCAUAAUCAAUUGACACAUAAAUUGUUGACAGAAAGGCUAACUUUUCACAAAUAACACAUGGAGCGAGAGAACCAGCAUAAGAGAGUAAGGGAAGGUGACGAUGAAGAAUACCAAAAUUGUUCAAAGAAGAUCGAUGCAGAGAAGCAAGAUAGCAGCAAGGGUGUCGACUUAAACGACGUGAACGAUGACAAGGACAGUGAAAAGACAUCAUGCGAUUCCUCCUUGGCAUUAGAUGAAGGUGUAUUUGAUUUCCCUUGGCUGAAAGAUGGUAUGAUCUCCAAAUCAGAAGACUGGAAAUUGGAAGACACCUUUUCUUCCUCUCUCUAUGACACCUCUUCCACCAAUGAAGCUGGUAUUGAUGAGUUUCCUGCUGGCCAGUGUUUGUGUCAGACUCCGGAGCCAGCACUCCUAAACAAACCCGAUGAUCAUGAGGAAAAGUUUGAUGAUAAUUUACGGCGGCCACAAGAAGAUGAUGGCUUGGGUUGCAUUUGGACCUCUCUACUCAGUGAGCCUCUUCAACAGGGUGGUAUCUAAUUUUUUGCGUAGACUUGUGAGCUUUGUGCACCGGAUAGAGUCUUUUUAUAUAUGUCUUCAAAUUAAUGUAUGAUCACAAGCCUGCGUGGGAAUCAACCCACCCCAACUUCACAGACUAAGCUUAAUUAGCUAUGUAUGCUCCUCAUGUUCAUCUCAUGUUGAUGGAGCACACCAUGUGGUUAUUAAUUGUAUAUCGACAUGGUAAAACUCAAUUCAAGCUAGCUUCUUUAUAACAUU